CCAAAUAACGCCCUGGAAGUCUACACAAAAUUGGUAUUAUCACAAGCGAAAUAACCCGAAAGAAAAAUCAUUUCUGUCCCUGAAAAUUCGAGUCUCUCAUUUUUCCAUGGCGUUUCCUUCUUGGUUCACUCGGUUUAAUUCUAAACAAAUUUAUAGAUCUCUUCGAACUACAACAUCAUCUUUCAACAACACUUAUUCUCACAUCUCUCAAACCCCAUCAACAUCAUCUUCUACUUCCACUAUAGAGAAGAUUAUUAGUACUGAAGGAAACAAACAGUACUUUUCAUGGUUGUCUUCUUUACUUCCUCUUGCACUCACAUUUUCUGCUGGAUUAUGUUCCUUAGAUUCUCGGAGAAAUAUUUCUGUUUGUGAUUCUAAUGUCACUGAUGGUGUUCGUUAUGGAGGCAAAGGGAGUACCGAACAUGUUGUUGGGGGUAAUUCUAAGGAGAUUCCUCAAGAGCUUAUCAAAGAAUUGGAAUCUAUCUGUCAAGAUAAUAUGACAAGGGAUUAUGAAGAGAGAUAUUUCCAUGGAAAACCACAGAACAGCUUUCACAAAGCUCUAAAUAUCCCGGAUAUUGUUGUUUUUCCAAGGUCUGAAGAGGAAGUUUCCAAGAUAGUUGUAUCUUGCAACAAUCAUAAGGUUCCUAUCAUACCAUAUGGUGGAGCUACGUCAAUUGAGGGUCAUACCUUGUCACCUAAUGGGGGUGUAUGCAUUGACAUGACACUAAUGAAAAAUGUUAAAUCGUUAAAUAUAGAGGAUAUGGAUGUUGUGGUUGAGCCUGGAAUUGGAUGGAUGGAGCUCAAUGAAUAUCUGGAGCCUUAUGGUCUGUUUUUCCCCCUCGAUCCAGGACCUGGUGCAACCAUCGGUGGCAUGUGUGCUACACGUUGCUCUGGCUCUUUAGCUGUAAGGUAUGGGACUAUGCGCGAUAAUGUCAUAAGUCUUAAGGUAGUCCUUGCUAACGGGGAUGUGGUGAAGACCGGAAACCGGGCUCGGAAGAGCGCUGCAGGGUACGAUUUAACUCGCUUAAUUAUUGGAAGUGAAGGAACCUUGGGCGUGAUAACGGAGGUUACUCUAAAACUACAAAAGAUCCCUCAGCACUCAGUGGUUGCAAUGUGCAAUUUUCCAACUGUUAAGGAUGCAGCUGAUGUUGCCAUAGCUACUAUGCUAUCUGGGAUACAGGUGUCUAGAGUAGAGCUCUUGGAUGAGGUUCAAGUGAAGGCCAUCAAUCUGGCAAAUGGGAAAAAUCUGCCAGAGCUUCCAACUCUGAUGUUUGAAUUUAUAGGCACAGAGGCAUAUUCUCGUGAGCAAACACUUAUUGUUCAAAAGCUUGUUUCGGAGCACAAUGGCUCUGAUUUUGUUUUUUCUGAAGAACCUGAAGCAAAGAAGGAACUUUGGAAGAUAAGGAAGGAAGCUCUCUGGGCCCUUUUUGCAAUGGAACCUGAUUUUGAAGCAAUGAUCUCGGACGUGUGUGUUCCCUUGUCACGGCUUGCGGAAUUAAUAUCACUGAGUAAAAAGGAGAUUGAUGCGUCACCAUUGGUGUGCACGGUUAUUGCUCAUGCUGGUGACGGUAACAUGCAUGCUCUGAUUCUGUUUGAUCCUGAUAAAGAAGAGCAAAGACGGGAAGCAGAAAAACUAAACCAGUUGAUGGUCUAUAAUGCCUUGGAAAUGCAAGGGACUUGUACCGGAGAGCAUGGUGUUGGCACUGGAAAAAUGAAGUAUCUUGAGAAAGAGCUUGGCAUUGAGGCGUUACAGACGAUGAAAAAAAUUAAGUCAGUUUUAGAUCCGAACAAUAUCAUGAAUCCAGGAAAAAUCAUUCCUCCACAUGUUUGUUUCUAAGCUCUUGGCCAGACAGAUACUACAUUUCGGAGCGCAAUGCAAGAAUUAGAUCUUCAUUUGUCCGCCAUGUUGUCUGUCCCCGCUGAAAAUGGUAUCCAUUUGUCCUUUUUUUUAUUUUUUAUUUUAAAUACGUCGAUUAUUUCCAGUAAAGACGGCUAUAUGUAUCUAUCGGUAUGUAAUUUACACAAAAAUAAUUUCCCCCUUGUUUCAUCUAAUCUAACCAAUAUAAAGAAGAGGGAGGGUCCCCUCACACUUCUAUAUUUACACUA